GACAGCAGCACCAGCUGGUGGAGUCCGUUAGGUGGCAGGAGGAAGCAGCUAGUGGCAGUGCUGACCCCACACAUGAUGGCUCUUCUCAUCUGCCACUAGAACUGCUCUGGGCUACCCUUGGCAGUCAGACUCCCACCACCAGAGACCUUAAUUUCUGGAAUCAAGGACCCUUUGCUGACAAUCUUAUGCGGAAUCUUAGGGUUAACAACAUGGAAGAGACCGAUGAUGCUUUUGGUUAACCUGUUUGUUCUGCUGUCUAUGAUCAGUGUCAUGCUGAACGUGGUUGGAUUAAUACUAGGAUGUGAAGGCAUUCAGUUUGUGUCUGGGGUACCCAGGUGUGAUUUGAUGGAUGAAAACAAGAUUUGUUUGUGCUGUGAAGAACCUCAUCCCACUGCAUGCACAGAAGAGGAGGCUGUACUGAAACUAUACCAUGUGAAGUCAUGCGAUGCUGCUCACCUUCUUCUCAAGAAAGUUCUCUUAGCUCUUAGUGCCCUGAAUGCUCUCGCCGCUACAGUUUGCUUCAUAGCGUCUGCCCUGCAUUACUUGCAGAUACUUGCAUCAAGAAGAUUCUGCACAGGUGAAUCUGAGGUUGAAGACGAAGAUUAUGAUUUGGAUCCUGAUGAUUUUGUCCCACCUGUCCCACCUCCCUCCUAUUUUGCAACUUUUAAUUCUUGUACCCCACAAACAAGUCACAGCACAGCUGUCUCUCGUGUGAUUUCUCUGCCCCAUAUUUAUGGAAUGCGAAUCAGAGGUGCUGAAGUAUUCUGCCGUCUGGACCCACCUCCACCUUAUGAAGCUGUGGGCAGCUUUAGAAGCUCUGAGCAGGGAAGUGCACCUCAACUAAAUGACAUGGAAGAUGUUGAUUCAGGGGAAGUAAGUGACAGGCAGACCUCUCAAGCUGAAGAAAUUCAGGAGCCUUCCAGCAGAGUGAGCCUUUCCCCUUCAAAUGCAAGCUGUGUGUCCACAGGAGUGAACAGGAGAGCCUUCAAUUCCUUGUGGAAAUACUCUAAAAGUGACCCUGUGCUCCACUGCCAGCUGCCUCAAGGGACAGUUCUCAACUGUGAAACUGCAGCACUCAAUGAUGUAAAUCCACUUAACGCUGUCACCUUGCAGAAGAGUUCAAGAGCAAGAGCUUUGAGGGGAAGACCCCAAUCUCUGAUAGACUAUAAAUCUUUUAUGGAGACUAAACAACGUGUGGCAAGGAUCCUUGAGCAGUCCUCCAGCAGCAUGAGCCCAGACGUACAUGACAUGGUGGAAAAUAUCAAAUCUGUUUUAAAAUCAGAUGAGAAACAUAUGGCAGAAGCUGUCACCAGUGCCACUUUCCUUGAGCAGGUGAUGACACAUGCUCAGCAAGCCACACCAUUGCGAGUCAGUGCGUUACCUCUCAGAUUACAUCCUGGAUUGCUGUACCUGGAGAGCUGUGGUGACCUGAGUACUUUCACCACAGAGGGAGAACACCCAGCAGAGAGGAGAAUCAAAAGAGCAGAACAUGAACGGCCCCAUAGUCUUAUUGGUGUUGUCAGGGAAACUGUACUUUGAGCUGGGUUUUUGGUUAUUCCUCAGCAGAAGUCCUUCUGGCAGACAUACACAUACUGCAGAGGAAAAUAUCUCUGUCAAGUGGGUGAAUGGGUUUGUCAAUAAUUUUCUUCUUUUUUAAUAUUCUUAUGCUCAGACUACAAAGAGGAAGAUCAUUCUACAAAGAGCAUUAAGCAGAUUGAAAACUGACCUUUAUUGGGCCCUCAGCUACAGCUCAUCUGUUUGUGAUACAUUAGUGCUGUGCAUCUCUGUGAAGUUUGGUAACGUGUAGUUGUGCGGUAUGAUGAUACAUUAUCCUUGUGGAAGGAGCUGUCAAAAGCAGUAUUGAAGAAAUUAGCAAAUUUUUGGUACUUUGGUUUAAAUUAAAAUCUCCAGUCAUCAAAUGGAGCCCUUCAGAUACAAACUAUGUUAGUAAAAAAGAUGGUGUACAGAAUUCUGAAGUUAUUCUUUACAAAAGAAAGUUGUUGAAGUGCAAACUUUACUAAAAAUAAAAAAUGUCCUGAAGAAGUUUUUUGGCUCAGUGAACUUCUCAGUUAAUGUUGGAACAACACCCAAAAGCACAGCUGUUCUGCAGUAAGUGGUACUGGCUUGUUACUGUCCCGGGAAGAAAGGCACUCUCUGUAUAGUCUCAUUUGAAAUGCUGUUUAUUACAGUGGGUACUACGAAUGAAGAAUCUACUAUAGCUAAUUUUAUAUUCUUCCAGGUGCUGGGAAGCCCAGACUGUGCAGGAUCAAACAGGGCACAAGUUAUGCAGAUCCCAUCCAUUUUACCCCAUUUAGGUCAUUUGAAGUAAUUAAAAAUUUUCAUAGGGAACAACUCUAUUCAUCACUCCUACUGUCAAACAAAAGGGCUGUUCACGUGGGACCUUACUGCUGCACUUCUAGACAAAGGCAGGGACACACAUGUACUGCUGGGGCUUUUGAGUACCACUGGGACUGCCUGCAGGCUCCCUUCUUAAAAUCAACCAUCUAAAUUUAUUCUGUGGCCAAGGGACAUCCCUGGAGGUCCAUCUGUAAGAGCAGCACAGAGCACAGCACAGGCCUGGCCCUACUAGGGUAAGAAGCACAUGGAUCACAAACUCUUCAUGUACCAUGAUUUUAGGUCAGGAUUUCUCCAUAUGCUUCAGCACAGAACAUUUAUUUAAAUUACAGUCCCAGCCCUGACACUGACAGUUCACACAGGUCACCAGCAUCACCUCUUCAGCCGGCAAGGCACUACAGGGUACUGGAACUGGGGUGGGGUCUGCUUGUCUUCUGUGUGGAUCCAAACCAUUAAAACACUAAAGGAGAGGGCAAGAAACAAGUCUCCUGUCAAUAUAGCAAAUCUGCAAAAUUUUUGUCUGUACUGCUGAAGUAAGAGCUUAUGUUUAUCCACUGAAAUGCAGAAAAGUUUGUAAAACAGAAAUUAGUAUACACAGCUAAUGAUAAGAAUAAAUGAAGGAUGGAGGGUAGUACACAGGGAAAUGGAGAAAGCAAGCUCAGCAUGCCUCCUGCACCCUUUGCCAGGGACUUCACAAUUUCUUCUGUCCGUCAUUUAUGAAAAUAAGGUGAAAUACUUCAUUUCUGUCAUGUUGAUGGUAUUUAUAUUUCAUGUUAUGAACAGCCACUAAAUGGCUGAAUGCCCAUGUUUAAGUUUCUUCUGAAUAUGCUGUGGCAUAUAUUUAAUUUCUGUGGUUUCAAAGUACUUGUGACAACCUAUGAGGCAGAGAAAAUCCUAUGAAGCCUCACCAGAAGAAACACUCCUUUUUUCAUUGGUUGACUUUCAAAUAUACUUGUAUUUUUUCAUGAUCUCUCAUUAUACAAGUAUUUUUAAGUUUAGCACAGGCAGUUCCAGGAUGAAUUCUAAGGACAGACAUAUUACAAUUCUACUUUAUUCAAGUGGUGUUAGGUCUUUAAAAAUAAACCAUGCUGAUGACAUUUGAAGGAAAACAGUGACUUCAGAAAUUAAGCGUGAAGAAUUUUUAUCAAAGCCCCAUUUAUGAAAAAUUCCUAUUUAAAGUUACUCAGUCAAUGAAAUAGUAUUUCUGUCACAAUCACAGUGGCAUUUCACACAGUAAAAACUGGGAUGCCACCUUAAAUUAGGAAUCAGCUUUGUUUAGGAGCACUUGUGUCAUAUUGCCUGAAAAGAAUGCUGUUUUAAAAAUAAAGGUAACACCAUUGCUUCACGCCUGCAGAACCACAGACAGAACCACUCCAGACUAAGUGGCAUAAAAGUUCAGACACCUUCCAAUUAUGUAUGCAUUCAGUAUUGGCAAGUCAGCCUCUAGGUCAGUAUGAGCAAAUUCUCAGCCUUGUCUGAGGUAUUUUUGUUUUGUAGUUUAUUGUUGCAAAUCUUACAGACAUUAGCGCUCUGUUAAAUAAAGGAAUGUAGCACAGUAAAUACAUCACAACAAAGUAACUGGCCAGAAACCCCCUACCCUGUUCCAUCCAAAGCAAAAAGCCCACUCUUCUCCCCUCUGUCUCUCCCCAAAUCAAAUCAGCACAGCUUCAUUAGAGAGGUCAGAGACCUGUGGCAGAACACAUCAGAGUAAUUACAUUCAGUAGAUGUGCAAUAUCAACAUUCCAGUCUCACAUAUAUUUAUAUAUAUAUUUAUAUUUAUAUAUAGAGAUCAUUAAAUGUUUACAAAGAACAAUAUUGUUACAAAUACAUUACUAUGCUUUUCCCAACGCUUUAUAAUAAUUUCUAUUCAUCCUCUUUACAGAACAAUAGUACAUAGUCUAGAUACUGCACUAAAUAUAUACAAGAGAUCUCAACCAUGUUACUGUCUUGAGAAAUACAUUUCUUUUAGAAAAGAAGGAAAGCUAGCAAACUUGGAAAUCCAAACUGAGACAAACAAGAUUCAAAACAAACAUGAAACUUCUCAAAAAUAAAAAAUACAAGGGAUGUUUCAUCCUUAAUGUAAACACUGAAGAGUUAAUUAGACUGUAUGAAGCAGCAAGGAUGAAAGAAAAAGAAUUCAGGUCUGUCACUGAAGAAGGAAUGUAAACCUUUGAAGGAAUGUUCCUUUGCAUCUGUUAAAAAUCCCCAUAUCUGAUCUAUCAAACUGCUGCAACAGUCUAGAGAACAGCCAGCUUUCCCUUUAGAGUUCCAUUUUCUUGAAACUCUGUUUACAGAGUAAAAUGGGAUUGUUUACAAGACUGUUCUCAGAAGUGUGCACACACUAUGGACCUCUCAGUUUAGAAAUCUUAUGCACAUGCUGUAAUUGAAAAAAAUGAGAUUUUUUUUGCUAGGUUCUGGUCCUGCAAGCAUUCAUUUGCUUAAUGUUAAGCACCUAUUUAGGAUGAACGGUAACUUCACAAACUCUGGGCUGCAAGAUUUCCGAAGAAACAGUUGUUUCUUCUCUAAAUACAUUUGCUUGUUCAGAUCUUCACCAUUUCCCAGUGAAGUGACCUCCACCACAUGGGCUAGACAGAACCACAGAAACAAACGAAGUGGAGGGCAUACACAUAGCAGGAACCAGAAGCAUGAUAACUGUGUCUUCAGGAGUUCAGUAAGUUUUCUUAGGCAAUGUAUGGAAAGGCUGCACUGUAUAUAAUCUUCUAAAUUGUACAUGGUUAUAUACCGUAUUUACAUUUAUUACUAUAUAUAUGGAAAGUUCUAGAAAAAAGGUUCAAAUUACCAUAAACCAGAUGUCUACAGUUAAACAAUAUACUCACAAGCUAUUAAUUAUCGUGUUGCAUCAGUGAGGCAGCAGAGUUAAGUACUAACCUGGAAUACUAAUACCAUUCUCUUGUGCAAUCUGCUAUUCUGAAGCCUUGGAUUAAAUUAUAUAACAACAAGAAAUGCAGUAAAAUCAAGUCAUCGUACAUUUAUCUCAACACUAAAACGUAUCCCCUUACUACAACAGUUUAUGCACCACUUCAUUAUGUCUCUUAAAUAUCUGCUUCCCACAGAAAUACAGUUUAUCCUCUAACUCUGAUCAGGCCAUGAUUAUCCAUGAUUUUAGAAAGCCAAAAAAUGGACUCCUGACAAGAGUGCUCAGUGGUUCUCAGCAGUGUUUGCAACAAGUGCACAUGCACACACCCACUUCUAUGAAUCCCCAUAGCAAUGUCUAGGAUCAUCACUGGACUGCAAGCAACGCUUACAUUGCACAGCUCACGUCACAACAAGUGAGAAACAAGUGACUAUGAACAACACCGCAUUUGCAAAGCAGAAGUGGCGUGUGGCUUGUCUGCUCUUGUUUUCAUCUCACUGCACCUUUCCAUCACAGCAAAACACAGCACAAACUGUUUCUUUAAAAGAAAUCAACAUACUAGCCUGGACUAAACGCAUGGUUCAACUUCAGUAUAAACACCAGUAUACAGUCCUGAAAAAAAGUAACUACAGAGAAUGUAGAAUUCUCUCACUAGGAAGAAAAGACACUGCUUCUUUUUUAUUUUGAACCCUCUUAAAAAACCCAGAUAACCCAACCCAGCCCCCUCCUCCCCUUUUGUCUCUAGCAUGCAACUUAGAGGCUAAUCAAAUACAAGAUUUCAUACAUCUCUACAGUUAAUCAUCUCCAUACAAGUGCAUAUAGUACACACAUAUCUCUUUUAAGUGCCAUACAUAUGGGAAAAAAAUCACAAGCUAAAUUAUAUAACAAAAUAAAUAAGUUUAUUCCUGCCUCAUCCUUUCCACUGUUACCUAUAUCAUGAACUAAACAGGAAGUCAAUAAAAUUAGACAGGUCUUUGGACAAAAAUAUAUGUUAAAACUGGCUCAGAGAACAAAAUUACUUAGAAUAGUCUGCAGAUCUCUUAUAUUCAAACUUCAUAAAUAGGAAGCACAAUUUUAAAAAUGUCUAUAUACACUGGCACACAUGGCUAUGUGCACCAAAAUUGGAAUUAAGAGCCUAGAAAAAGUGUAGCUAUUCAGCAGAUCCCCUCACUAUUUUUCUUGUGGAUAUUUAAAGAUCCUC